GCUUACGUCAAGGACACGGAAAGCAGCGCCUGUGAAAUAAAGGAGGCAGAACCGCUCUCAGGCGUGGGAUUGGUGGGAUUGGUGGGAUUUGUGGGAUUGGUGGGAUUUUCAGUUGGAGGCAAAUCAGCGACCGAAAUCCCACACUGCUCUAGCUGCUAUUUUGGACAAGAGCCGAGGAUUGACUCUCUCACUAGUCAGAAGCAUUUCUAGGUCAGAAAUAGUGCGAUAUAACACGGCAGCAUAUCCGUACUGACUGGCAGGCCAGUGGUGAGGGUGGGGGUGUCAGUAAGCCGGCCAUUUCAGCACAGAGCACUACUAAGUCAUAACUUUUCAGUGAAGCCUGGGUGAACCAUGCUGCGACUUGUUAGAGGCCAGAGCAGGAGGGUGAAUGGCUGUGUCUGCAGCCAGAUGAGGUCGUGUCAUCAUAAGACUGUGAUGGCUAUCCGGCGAGAGGACGCUAACGUGUGGGAGAGACGGGCACCCCUUGCCCCGCAACAUGUGAAGGAAAUCACUGCAGCGGGUUAUAAAGUGCUGGUGCAGCCCUCCAACAGGAGAGCCAUCCACAAUAGAUUCUAUGAGAAAGCAGGAGCCAUUAUACAGGAAGACAUUUCAGAGGCUUCUCUCAUCAUUGGGGUGAAGAGGCCGCCAGAAGAAAAGAUCAUUCCACGAAAAACCUACGCUUUCUUUUCCCACACCAUCAAAGCCCAGGAGGCUAACAUGGGUCUUCUAGAUGAUAUACUCAAAAAGGAAGUGCGGCUGAUUGAUUAUGAGAAAAUGGUUGACGAUAAUGGGUUCCGAAUUGUUGCAUUUGGAAAGUGGGCUGGUGUUGCUGGAAUGAUUAACAUUUUGCAUGGGCUUGGUCUCCGAUUCCUGGCCCUUGGGCACCACACUCCCUUUAUGCACAUUGGAAUGGCGCACAAUUACAGGAAUGUCAGUCAAGCCAUACAAGCAGUGAGGGAUUGUGGGUAUGAGAUCUCACUGGGCCUCAUGCCUAAGUCCAUUGGUCCACUCACAUUUGUGUUCACUGGCACAGGCAAUGUAUCUAAUGGUGCACAAGAUAUUUUCAAUGAGCUUCCAUGUGAAUAUGUGGAGCCACAUGAACUGAAAGAGGUCUCCGAAUCAGGAGACCUGACAAAAGUCUAUGGUACAGUGAUCAGCAGGCACCACCAUUUAGUUCGAAAGAGUGAUGGCGUUUAUGAUCCUUUCGAGUAUGAGCACCAUCCUGAACGCUACACCUCUCACUUCAGAUCUAGUGUAGCACCUUACACAACCUGUCUGAUAAACGGCAUCUACUGGGACCCGCAGACUCCGAGGCUGCUGCGGCGACUGGAUGCACAGAAGCUUAUUAGACCUUCAAAAUCUUUAGGCACAGUGACCGAAGGCUGGCCCACCCUGCCACACAAGUUCUUGGCAAUCUGUGAUAUUUCUGCAGACACAGGAGGUUCCAUUGAUUUCAUGACCGAGUGCACUACCAUUCAGAAGCCCUUUUGCAUGUAUGACGCCAACCAGCACAUAGACCAUGACAGUGUGGAAGGAAAUGGCAUUCUCAUGUGCUCUAUUGAUAACUUGCCUGCCCAGCUUCCCAUUGAGGCUACAGAUUAUUUUGGCAAUCGCUUGUCCCCCUACAUUUGGGAAAUGCUUCAAUCAGAUGCAACAAGACCACUAGAUGAAGAGAGCUUCUCUCCACAAGUCAGAGAUGCUGUAAUAACAUCUAACGGGAAGUUGACUCCUAAGUUUGAGUACAUUCAGAAGUUAAGAGAGAAAAGGGAAUCUGAAAAGAUCCUGAAGAAAGGCGGAAUGAAGCGUGUUUUGCUGCUGGGUUCUGGCUAUGUGUCUCGCCCUGUUGUUGAGUAUCUCACCAGGGAUCCUGGCACCCAAGUCACAGUGGCAUCAGUGCUUCUAAGCCAGGCUGAGGAACUGGCUGCCAAAUACCCAAACACCAUACCUAUAAUGCUUGACGUGACCAGUCAAGAAGGCCAUCUUGAGUUUCUGGUCAAGGAUCAUGACCUGGUCAUCAGCAUGCUGCCAUAUACCUAUCAUCCCUUGGUAGCUAAAUAUUGCAUCAGUAAGAAAGUGAACCUAGUGACAGCCAGCUACCAGUCUCUAGCCAUGAAAGAGCUCCAGAAAUGUGCUGAGGAGGCUGGCAUCACCAUAGUCAAUGAGAUGGGCCUGGACCCUGGCAUUGAUCACAUGUUGGCCAUGGAGUGCAUCGACCAGGCCAAGGCAGACGGUUGCACUGUGGAGUCUUACAGCUCUUUCUGUGGUGGUCUUCCUGCACCAGAGUGUUCUGACAAUCCACUGCGUUACAAAUUCAGCUGGAGUCCAUAUGGAGUGUUGCUCAAUACCAUCAGUCCUGCCAUUUAUCGCAAAGACAACCAGCUGAUCAGUAUUUCCCCUGGUGGGUCUCUAAUGGACGCCACCAUGCCCAUGGACUUCUUUCCGGGUUUUAACCUUGAGGGCUUUCCCAAUCGAGACAGCACCAAAUACGCUGAACCCUAUGGCAUUGAGUCUGCACACACACUGAUCAGAGGAACUCUACGCUUUAAGGGAUUCUGCAGAGCAAUGAGCAGCUUUGUAAAACUAGGCCUGAUCAACACUGAGCCUUGCCCAAUGCUGGAACACACAGCCGAUCCUGUCUCCUGGAAAGAGCUCCUGAGUAAGCUAAUUGGCUUGUCCUCUGACGUUAGCAUGGAGUCUUUUGAGGAAGCUGUGUUCAAUCAAAUCGGAAGAGAUGAGUUCAGGAUGCAGACUCUCAAAUGGUUUGCGAUGCUGAGUGAGGAGCCUGUGCCUCAUGCUAACACCAUCCUGGAAGCACUCACUAAACACCUGGAGGCUAAGCUGGCUUUCGAUAAAGGAGAGAGAGAUAUGAUCAUCAUGAAGAAUGACAUUGGCAUCAGACACCCUACAGGAGAACUUGAGAUGAAGCACAUCAGUCUGGUGGUCUAUGGAGAUCCUAAUGGCUUCUCUGCCAUGGCUAAAACAGUGGGCUACCCUGCUGCUAUUGCAGCUCGUAUGGUCCUGGAUGGUGAGCUGAACACUAAAGGACUUGUUGUACCAUUGACAAAGAACAUCUAUGCACCUGUUUUGAGGAGACUUCAGCAGGAAGGCCUUCAGUUCACUACCAAAAGCACAAUAUCAGAGUAAUGCGCUAUAAAAUCUACUCCUGCUGCUCAUAAUUGUAUGAAUAUCAAUUUUCUUAAUCAAUUGCUUUUUCACUUAUGUGUGAUGAACUACUGAUUGCUUUGGAAUGUUUAGGCUUCCUUCUGUAAACUUGAUUGUAACGGUUUUGUUGAAAUAUUCCUUCUAGUACUUCAGUACAUAUCCCUCUAAAGCCCUUAAAACAUCUUGCCAUGAUGUAUUCAACACAUUUAUUUCAAGUCGAACUAAACUGCACAUUUGAUGUCAGACAAAUUUACUUUCUAGUAUGUAUUUCAGACUGGUUCCCAAAUGGGAGUGUAUCCAUGUUCCCCAGAGUUAUAUGGCACAUAAUGAACACAUGAUGAUUUAAAGCUGGAGUUAGGCUUCAGCAUAAGAGAGAGCAAUAAGGGUUCAGCAUGUGCAACCUAGUUAAUUUUCAGAAAUUAUGAAUGGAUGAAGGAUGGAUUUUAAAUUAAUCUGUCUGUGAUGUUUAAAUUUAAAAAGGUAAUAAAGUUAGUAGGGCCCUGGGAAA